AUGGUCGAGGAUAGCGAUCAAAAUUACGGAAGAAACGUGAAUAAGAGCGUGCUUUUAAAAAUAGUGAUUCUCGGUGACGGAGGCGUUGGUAAAUCAUGUUUAAUGAGUAGAUUUAUAUCGAAUCACUUCGACGACCACAACUUCCAUACGAUAGGUGUGGAGUUCAUGAACAAAAUGAUAGAAGUCGGAGGCAAACAAUAUACUUUACAGAUCUGGGAUACAGCGGGGCAGGAAAGAUUCAAGUCCCUCAGGACUCCAUUUUACCGAGGAACAGACAUUUGUAUAUUAGCAUAUGCCAUAGACGACAGGAGUUCAUUCAACAAUAUUAAAACAUGGCUGAAUGAGUUCCUUCAUUAUGCUGGAGUCAAAAAUGGAAUCGAGAAAUUCCCAUUCAUAGUAGUUGGAAAUAAGUCAGAUGUAUCAUCCAAAGAUAGAGAGGUAUCAUAUGAACAAUUAAAGCAGUGGUGUGAAGAAAACAAAAUAGCGACCUAUCUGGAGACCUCGGCUAAAACAGACAAUAAUGUUCUCGAAGCAUUCUCAUUAUCGGUGCAAAGAUGGGCUGAUCUAGAACAGAAGGCAGAGAAAGAGCUUCGUAUGUACCACCAUCCUGACACUGUCACAUUGCAUGGAUCCAACAACGUAACUGGCUUCAGAGCAACCUGUUGUUCACGCUUCACUAGUUUGUGA